UCCCGGGCCGAGUGUCGCGCCGCCAGCACGGUGUCCUUGGCGCUGCGUCGUCCCCAAGAACCUUCAGUCACCGCCCCGCCCCGCUGCGCCCCGCCCAACGCACCCACGACCCUCCCGCCCCGCCGCAGCCACCGCCACCUGCAGUCUUCGCCGCCCCGCCGCCCCGCAGCAGUGCCCGUCCCGCGCCACUCCCGCAGCGGCGCCGCCACCGCAGGCAGCAGCAGCAGCAGCAGCAGCAGCAGCAGCAGCAGCAGCGCCGCGCCAUGCAGCACGCCAGACUGGCCCUACUGGGCCUGCUGGCCCUGCUGGCGUCCCUACUGACGGGCGCCGCCGCCGCGGACAUCCUGGUGCUGACGCCCUUCGGGUCCCGCUCCGUGCGUGGCCUGUUCGGCGCGCUGACGGAGGGCCUCGCGGCGCGCGGGCAUGCCGUGACCCUGGUGACGAGCGGCGCGGCGCCGCGCCCCCACGCCAACGUAACGCACGUGCAAGCGCCACACUCCUCGCUGGACCAGAUGGACCUGUUCGAGGUGCGCCGCGACGCCGCCGCCUUCAGGUUGUGGCUGCGUGCCCUGCCGUCCGUGGCGCGGCGCCUCUACGAGGAUCCCGCCGUGAUGGCGCUGUGGCGGCGCCGCCACCACUUCGAUGCCAUCAUCAUCAACAGCGCCGCCAACGAGAUGGCGUUCCCCUUCCUGCUGGGGGUGAGCGCCCCCUUCAUCACGCUGGCGCCGGCGGGCACGGAGCCGCUGCAGCUGUCCUACCUGGGCAACAUGGUGUCCCCCGCGGCGCUGCCCAGCGUGGUGGUGCCAUACCACGACACGCUCUCGCUGUGGGAGCGCCUCGUCAACACCCUCGCCACGGGCGUGCUACGCGCCUACUUCUGGCGCAGCGUGGGCCGCCCGCUCACCGCCGCCCUCAGGGACACCUUCCCAGACCUGCCGGACCCGCACCAGGUGUACCCCCGCCAGGCCCUCGCGCUGCUCAACAGACACCACCUGCUGGACGGCGCCCUGCCGCUCCUGCCCAACCAGGUGGAGGUGGGCUGCCUCGCCUGCCGCCCCGCGCAGCCCCACACCCUGCCACAGGAGGUACUGGCAUGGCUGGAAGGCGCAGGGGAAGCAGGAGCUGUUUAUUUCAGCCUUGGCAGUUUCCAGGACUCGUCUUCCAUACCUCUGGAAUACGUGGAUACCUUACUUAACGCCUUCAGCAAACUCCCGCAGAGAUUCGUGCUAAAGCUGUCUGGGUCUCCUCGAAUUCUGCCUCCUAACGUGAAAGUCUUUGAGUGGCUGCCCCAGCAAGAUGUACUGGGUCACCCCGCCAUCCGUGUCUUCGUCACCCACUGCGGGAAACACAGUGCGGCGGAGUCGGUCUAUCACGGGGUCCCAAUGGUUGGUCUUCCUAUAACAUUUGACCAACCGAGGACCUGUGCACGUUUAGCCAGAAGAGGCGAGGCUGUGGUCCUUCAGUGGGAGUCUUUAACAGUACAAGCUGUGGUGGAGGCCGUCAGGGAAGUUACUGAGGACCGCAGAUAUUCCGAGCGAGUAAAGGCGGUGUCAACGAGACUCAAGGCACAGAAGGAGACGGCAAUGGAGAAAGCAGUGUGGUGGAUUGAAUACAUCACAAAAUACGACGACAGUUUUCUUAAGUUCUCUGGAAAGGAUUUGAGCCUCACCCAGUACCUCCUGCUGGACGUGCUGGCAAUACUGCUGUGUGUUCUGCUGUUAACCUUAGCUGUGUUGUUCCUGCUGCUCCGCUUCUUGUACCGACGGCUGUGGGUGCGUCUGUGGCCGUGGGGAGGAGGGAAGGCGAAGGGGGAGUGAGAGGAGGAGGAGGAGGGAGGGUAGGUUAAGUGGAGGUAAUGAUGGAGAGGAAGAGAAAGAAGGGAAGGGAAGAGAGGAAGAGAAGGAAGUGAGGAGGAAGAGGAGGAAUUGGAAGAGGAACAAGAGGAGGUAGUCAUGGGGGAGAAAAUGUGGUGGGGAGAGGAGGAGGAAGAGUGAGGUGG